ACACGGUGAACUGAGCCAGAACCCUGAAAAUAUCAAACUGGCUCUAAAAAUCGUCACUCUUGUGUGUAUUUGUCUGUGAGUGGAGGAUGGGGUGUUUUAAAGUUGCUACCACAACUUCCUCAUUCAGGACAGACGGAGAGAAACAUCAUGUUCCAGACUUCACUGACUGAUUCAGCUGCAGGCAUUCCUGAGGCAAGUCAACAACAGUGGACCUUUAACAGCAGCUCUAUCACUGGAAGACAGAUGGAGAUGGGGCCCGUCCGUUUGAUGAUGUGGAUCAAUAUCGGUGUCUGUCUUCCUUUGACCAUACUGGUCAUCUGUUGUGUGUGUUGUGUGGUGCGGAGGGAUCAGGUCCCUGUCAUCUAUUACACAAACCUCCUGAUCUCCAAUCUAAUCCAGAUGUGCACUAUCAUCAUUAUAGUGGCAAAACCAGAUGACCAUGAAACCUACAUGAUGUCUUUUGUGAUUUACUAUUUUGGUGUCCUGGCCAGUCUUUACUUCAAGAUGUGCAUUGCUCUGGAAAGAUGUUUUUUCAUCACCCGUCCACUGCUGGACUGUAUGAGGCAAACCAGAGGAUCUAUGCUGGUCUGUAUUCUGGUCUGGGCCCUUUGUGUCAUCAGUGUUCCCGUCGCCGCAGUCUUGCGUCACUUUCUGCGCGUCUUUAUUUUCAUCCUAAUCCCUGUCUUUCUGUUCGUUAGCUGUUUUGCUGCGACCCUGAACGCCCUGAAUGUUGCCUCCUCAGUGCCAACAAAGGAAAAGCGAAGAAUUGUAGCAACUUUGAUUCUGUUGCUGCUUAAUUACUUUCUGAUGAUCUUACCUGCAAUCAUUGAGUUAACCUUUGAAUUUCAUCCCUAUUACAUUGUCAGAGAUAUAGUUUUUAUCUUGUUUCUGCUCAGUCCUUUUAUGGACUUGAUUCUGUUUCUUUUCAUGCGAAAAGGGCCCACUGACAAGCUGCUGGCUUGUUUGUGCUGCUGCAACAUGGACAACACUGCAGCAGGUCAUCAGUGUGACUGACGGCAGGAAGAGAGAGAGAAACUAACGGUGGGAGAGAGGCAGAGAAAUUGAGAAGAGGAAAAACAAAAGACAUUGAUCAGUUUCCAUUUAAAGAGCAUAAAAGCAACUGACAUCUGACUACAUUAAUAAGAAAAUACAAAAACAAUCCAAAUGCAGGGGACCUACACAGGUAAAAAAAAAAAAAAAA